UCCGCACACACACUGUCAUUCAUGUGACCUGACCGCCAUUAACACACUCCCUCCCGUCCCUCCUCUCUCUGAGUCUGACCGCCCCCUUCCCACAAGCACAGCACAGCCGCAUUGGUGGCGUGAUUGCGGUUGGGAUCGCCGCCGGCCAUGGCCGAUCCGUACGGCGACGGCCGGGCGCUGAGGAACCAUCCGCCGCCGGCGCAGCAGCAGCGGCCCAGGCUGAAGCCGGCGCUGGAGAUGGAGGACCUCAUCAGUCUGCUCCACGGCUCCGAUCCCGUCCGCGUCGAGCUCACCCGCCUCGAGAACGACCUCCACUACAAGGAGAAGGAGCUCGGCGACGCGCAGGCGGAGAUCAAGGCCCUGCGCCUCUCCGAGCGGGCGCGCGAGAAGGCCGUCGAGGAUCUUACCGAAGAACUGGCAAAGGUGGAUGGGAAGCUCAAGCUCACAGAGUCUCUCCUGGAAAGCAAGAACCUUGAAGCCAAGAAGAUCAACGACGAGAAGAAAGCAGCGCUUGCUGCCCAGUUUGCAGCCGAGGCUACGCUGCGGAGGGUUCAUGCAGCGCAGAAGGACGAUGACAUGCCUCCCAUCGAGGCCAUCCUUGCGCCGCUGGAGGCCGAGCUGAAACUAGCCCGUCAAGAGAUUGCAAAAUUACAAGAUGACAACAGGGCAUUGGACCGUCUUACAAAAUCCAAGGAAGCUGCUCUGCUGGAAGCAGAGAGGACAGUUCAGAUAGCAUUAGCGAAAGCUUCCUUGGUGGAUGAUUUACAAAACAAAAACCAAGAAUUGAUGAAACAGAUCGAGAUAUGUCAGGAAGAGAACAAAAUCUUGGACAGAAUGCACCGCCAGAAGGUUGCUGAGGUCGAAAAGCUUACUCAGACUGUCAGAGAGCUAGAAGAAGCUGUUCUUGCUGGUGGUGCCGCCGCAAAUGCUGUGAGGGACUAUCAGCGGAAAGUUCAGGAGAUGAAUGAGGAAAUGAAAACUCUGGAUCGUGAGCUUGCUCGUGCAAAGGUUUCAGCAAAUAGGGUCGCGGUAGUGGUGGCAAAUGAGUGGAAAGAUGGCAAUGAUAAAGUAAUGCCUGUUAAGCAAUGGCUCGAAGAACGGAGGCUUCUCCAAGGAGAAAUGCAGCAACUCCGUGAUAAACUUGCUAUAGCAGAGAGGGCUGCAAGAUCAGAAGCUCAACUAAAGGACAAGUUCCAGCUACGGCUUAAAGUACUCGAGGAAGGAUUGAGAAUGUCAACAUCUCGAACCAAUGCAAGUGCUGCGCGCCGUCAGUCUAUUGGUGGUGCUGAGAGUGCAUCUAAGACCAAUGGCUUUCUAUCAAAGCGGCCAUCAUUCCAGAUGAGAACAUCGGUAUCUACCACCACGACUACUCUUGUGAACCAUGCAAAGGGGGCAUCCAAGUCUUUUGAUGGAGGGUGUAGAUCACUUGACCGUUAUAAGGGCCAUGUAAAUGGGGUUGGCAUGAACGUAUCUACCGACUCCAGUGAGGAUAAGGAGUCAAACAACUCAGAUGAGAAGCCUAGUGAAUUUACAUCUGUUGAGUCGGAGGACACGGUGUCAGGUAUGCUGUAUGAUAUGCUGCAAAAGGAGGUCGUUGCUCUAAGGAAGGCUUGUCAUGAAAAGGACCAAAGCUUGAAAGACAAGGACGAUGCAGUUGAGAUGUUGGCUAAGAAAGUCGACACUUUAACAAAGGCGAUGGAGUCAGAGGCAAAGAAGAUGAGACGGGAUGUAGCUGCCAUGGAAAAGGAGGUGGUGGCUAUGCGAUUAGAGAAAGAGCAGGAUACGAAGGCAAGAAGGUUCGGCAGUUCGAGUGCUUCUGCCAACAGUUCACAGAUGCCACCUGGAAGGACUCUGCCUCGGAGCGGUUCAGCACGCAACAUGUGAUGCUGAUAUGAAGCAUUAAAAAGACCUUGGAGCAUCCCUCGUGUAGUUAGUUGAAUCAUGGCGUCCAGGGACCCUCCGCUGACUUGUGUGUAGAGAAAACAAGAAGGCGUUGCAUCUUGGUGCCCAGAAGUGUCGAGCCUGACCCUGAUCGAUCGUGCCUACUACAUCUCGUGGUCGCGGAAAUCAAUCAAUCAAUCAAUCAAUCAGCGACACGAGUUUGUCGGGUGAAAGUUAGUGUCGUUGAUGAGAUUUGGUGGUGUUUUUAUUCAUUUCCUAUUGUGGAAUCGAAACACUUGGUUGUAUAGGUAUGGUGUGGUCUUGCGAUCUUUUUUGUUUGUAAUCCUACUCCCCAAGAGUUUGUCUGGUGUUUUAUGCUAGCCCAAGUUGUUGUGAAUAAUAACAUGGUGAUGAUGAUAGGGCAGUUAAGCUGGUGUGCUUGCUUGUUUUGGGUGUAAAAAUGCAGCCUUGAAACCAUUUCAGCACUUGUAUAGUGCAGUGGUUGGGCAACCUCCCUAAAA